GUUCAUAUCAGCAUGAAUAGGUGUGGAAUGAGUUCGAUGACCAAUAUGACGCAUAAAAAUAACUUCAGUGACUAAAUUGGUAUUUAGCCCCGCCUAGAGAUUCAGUACUCUUUUCUCAAGUCAAUUAUUAAUCAAAUAAAACAUCGAGAGGGUUAAACAAGGUUUAGCACUCUAAUUGCCUGCUAAUUAAUGCACUAAACCAAACCCCUUCUCUGACUUACUCUGCACAUAAAACUGAACAUUCCCCCGGGCACUAAUGGCGGCCUCGGCAAACUCUUCUUCUUCGUCGUCACCGCCACCUCCUGCUCGGCCGUACACCGGGAAAUGGGAGCACGACGUCUUCUUGUGUUUCAGAGGCGACACGCGGCUCAAUUUUAUGAGCCACCUCAGGGAAGCUCUCCGCGAGAAGCAAAUCAGAUUCUUCGUGGACACCAUGCUUACUGUUACGGAGGACAUCAACGAGCUCCUCUCCGUCCUCGGAAGAUCGGCGGUCUCCGUGGUCAUAUUCUCGGAGAAGUUCGCCGAUUCAACCUGGUGUCUGGACGAGGUGGACACCAUAGUUCGGAGCGUUGACCAAUUCGGACAUAGGGUGCUGCCAGUUUUCUACAGAGUGGAUUGGACCGCCGUGGCUGGGGACUCCGGCGCUUACGCUAAAACCAUCGCGGAACUCGUCGAUGAAGAUGCCACCGAAGAGCGGAAGCAGGAAUGGAAGGAUGCUUUGAAGGCUGUGGCUCAUAAGACUGGUCGUACCUCUGAGGCGAUUCCGGACGAUGCUGAAUUGGUUAAGCAAGUUGUGGAAGACGUUCUGAGUACACUUGCAGCCAUGUCGUCUAGCAUCCAAUCCAACAAUUUGGUUGGCAUGGAUUCACGGGUUUUGGAGGUUGAGCGGCGAUUAGCCAUGAGUGAAGUGGAUACUAUCCGCAUCGUUGGGCUUCGGGGAAUGGGUGGUGUAGGGAAAACAACUUUAGCUAGAGCUUGCUAUGAAAAGCUAAGAUUCUCAGCAAAAGACACCAAGUUUCAUUUUGUUGAGAGGAUCGGUGAAAAUUGUGAUAAGCAAUAUGCUGUUGACGGAUUCGUGCAAGAACUCUAUUCGGCAUUGUUAUCUGAGAAUUAUAUCAGUCACGGGGAUUUGAAUAUUGGAUAUCGAAGGGCACGUCUUUCCCGCUUGAGGGUGUUCAUUGUUCUGGAUGAUGUGCAUACUCCUUCUCAAUUGGAGCAGUUGCUUUUAAGAGAAGCAUUGCAUCUUACAAAACUCUUUGCUGCAGGCAGCAGAAUCAUCGUGACCACUAGAAAUCAAAGGGUACUUGAAUAUGCAAAGGCGGAAAUACACAUUGUUGACCAUCUCAGUGAUGAUGAAUCUCUUCAACUUUUCAAACUACAUGCUUUCCGACCAGGCUCGGCUAUUGAUGAUCGAAUUGAUUUGUCACAUCAGGUUAUAUCAUACUGCAAUGGGAACCCAUUGGCCCUUAAAGUUUUAGGGGGUACAUUGCUACCGAAGGACAGAAAGUAUUGGAGAAGUUUCUUGCAGAAAUUGAGUGAAAUUCAAGAACCAGAAAUUCAUCAUGUUCUUCGGAGAAGCUAUGAUGAGUUGGGAGAUGAUGAUAAAAGAUUGUUUCUCGAUAUUGCUUGUUCCUUCUAUGGGAUUGUGAGAUCUUUAUUGAUAAAGUAUAUGGAAGCUAGUUAUACCUCGGCAUACAGUAGAGUAGAUGAUCUAAUAGAUAGGUCCUUGUUAAUCUCUGUUUUUGACCAGCUUCAAGGUGAGGUAGUUGUUGUGCAUCAGUUGUUGAGAGAAAUGGCUUGGAACAUCGUUAAUGAGGAAAAAAAUGUUGGAAAACGCAGCAGGCUGAAGAAUCCUGAUGAUAUUCACAACUUGUUGACAAUUUGGAAGGGAGAUAGGGAAACUCAAGGGAUCCAUUUGGACCUUUCGAAAGCUGAAAGGAUGCAUUUGAAAGCCAAUGCAUUUGAGGGGAUGGACUCUCUUAGAUGGCUUGAAUUUGCCUGGCCUAAAUGCUUUGGGCAUGGGCAUCACAAAAUCCAACUAUCAGAUGAUAUCAUUAACUCUCUUCCCAAUGAGUUAAGGGGUCUAUAUUGGGAUCAGUUCCCUUCAACUUCUCUACCAUCAGGAUUUUCUCUAAAAAAACUUGUCUACCUCAUUCUAAGCCAUAGUCCGAUUGAGAUAUGCUGGGAGCGAGAUCAGCCUAAGCUUGAGCAUCUGAUGUUGCUUGACCUCACUUACUGUGAGAAUCUAACUAUUGUCCCAAACCUGUUGAGGUCUUCACAUCUAGAGCACCUUCUUCUCCGGGGAUGCAAGACUCUGGUUGAGUUACCUGCAAGCAUUCAAUCUCUUGUCAAGUUGGUAAGGUUGGAUGCUAGAGAUUGUCAAGAUCUCCAGCGUGUCCCAGCCAGACUCAACUCGAAGUUCCUCAAGCAACUUCUGUUGUCCAAUUGUCCCAAGGUAACACGCUGUCCAGAGGUUAAUUCAGGAGAGUUGCGAGUUCUGGAUUUAGAUGGAACGCCCAUCAAUUCCCUGCCGAAUGCAAUUUACAAGGUCAAGGCGGGUGGGGUGUUAAGUCUCUAUGGGCCCAACAUCACUAGUUUCCCUAAAAUUUCAACGAGCUUGGAGCUGCUCCGUCUGCGCAAUACUGCUAUAGAGGAGCUAGAGUUUGAUCAUCUUCAAGGUUCUGAUCUGCCAAGAUUUGAUCGACUGCAUCUGGUCCGGAACUCUCAGCUCAAGACUCUGCCGAAGGCCAUCUGGAAGAUGGUCUCUGUUGCACUUAUUGUCGAGGAUUGCCCUUUGAUUGACUGUUUGCCAGAAAUCUCAGAGCCUUUGCACUUGACUCGCCUUCGUAUUGCUGGUUGUGCAAGGAUCACCGAUGUUUCGUCUUGCAUCUCCAAUAUGAAAUCUUUGGACUCUCUUGUUCUUCCUGCCACGGGUAUUAAGUCCCUGCCUUCUAUUAUCCAGGAAUUGGACCAACUCUCUUAUCUCGAUCUGUCUUACUGCACUAGCCUUGAGUCCAUCCCGAACACCAUACAUAAACUUGCCAGGCUAUCCGAAUUGUCACUGGUGGGCUGUAAGAGCAUCUGUUCAUUGCCAAAACUUCCGCCAAAUCUCAAUAUCUUAAAGGCAAAUAAUUGCGAUUCAUUGCAAGUUUUACCGAGCAACAUUGGGAAUCUGAGUUUUCAGCACUUGAGGUUUGAUGAUUGCCCGCACCUCGACCGGAGCUCACUUGACGAAAUUGUAGCAAAUUUCCCUGAUCAGGCUUUGUCUCAGCACUCUCAGGUUGGUUUCCACUACUCUGGGAUUGACAUUCCAGAAUGGUUUGAUCCACCCAACAUGGAGGGAGUGAAUAAUUACGUGACAUUGGAGCUCCCCAUGGACUGUUCGGAACUAAAGGGAGUUGCAUUUGGCGUUGUGUAUUCACUGGAUCAAUCCUGUGGUUCCAUGUCUAUCUUAUGUGGCUGCUUCAUAGAAACUGAAAUGAUCACGUAUUGGAGAUCUUUCUCCUGGAAUUUUCACGUUCUUGACAGCUCCGAUCGUGUUUAUCUGUGGUCUGGUGACAGAUUUGGCAAGUCCAAGAAAGAUGAAGAGGAAGAGGAAGAAGCUUCUUGGUACCAGAAAUAUGCUGGGCUAACUGUCUCAUUUCGGUUUUUUGCUGAUAAGAGAAUGUGGAAAGAAUCCGUGUCUAUAGUCAUGAUCUGUUUCUGGGCUACUGACACAUGUCAUGGUUUUACAGUCCACCUCAAGGCUGCUCUCUCCGACAGGAAAAUCAAAGCCGCCUUUAACGCAAUGCUCCAGAAAGCAGACUGCAUCGACGAGCUCCUCCCCAUCCUACAAAAUUCUGCACUUUCGAUCGUGAUUUUCUCCGAGAACUUUGCGAGUUCGCCCUGUUGCCUCGAUCAGGUGGCCACCAUUGCCCGAAGUAUGAAAGAUUUUGGACAUGUGGUGCUGCCGGUUUUCUGUAAUGUGGAUUGGUCUGACGUGGUGGAGGAUUCUGGCAUUUAUGCUGCUGCGGUUGAUGCUCUGGAUGCCACCGGAGAUCGCAAGAAGAGAUGGAGGGAUGCUUUAAAGGAAGUCGCUGAUGUAGCUGGGUUUAUCGCCAAACAGAUGAAGUUCGACUCUGAAUUGAUUAAGGCGAUUGUGGAAAAUGUUAUGAAGAAGCUCAAUGACAUGCCACCGAACAUCUCAUAUGAAAACAUGGUCGGUAUGGAUUCUCGCGUUAAGGAGGUUGAGCAACUGUUAGCACUGAACACAUCAGAUGAUAUUCGCAUUAUUGGCCUUUGGGGAAUGGGCGGUUUAGGGAAAACAACUCUGGCAAGAAGGUGUUAUAAAAUUCUGAAAUCCUCAGCCAUGGAAGAACACAGAACACAUUUUGUUGAGAGAGUCGGUGCAAACUGGGAAAACCAAUACGGGUUUGGGGGCCUGGUACAAGAACUCUAUUCAAUUCUGUUGUCUGAGAAGGAUUUGAGCCGCGGAGAUUUAAAUAAUAUUCACAGAAGGGCGCGCCUUUCUCGUUUGAGGGUGUUCCUUGUUCUUGAUGAUGUGCAAACUUCAUCGCAAUUAGAACAGCUACUAUUAGGAGAAGUGUUGGAUCUCACCAAACUCUUUGCUCCUGGGAGUAGAAUUAUCAUGACGACUAGAGAUCGAAGCGUGCUCAAGUAUGCAAUGGCAAAGAUAUACCCUGUCGAAUGUUUGGACAGCGAUGAAUCUCUUAGACUAUUUGGCAUGUUUGCAUUCAGGGGAAAACCACUUCCUUCUGAUGAGUGGAUGCAUUUGUUACAUUUGGCGGUGUCAUAUUGCAAAGGAAACCCUUUAGCCCUCAGAGUUCUUGGGGGAGCAUUGUUUUGUCAACAGAGGGAUUACUGGAGAGAUUUGUUGGGCGAAUUGGGACAGAUUCAAAAUCUGGAUGUCCAUCAUCUUCUUCGGAAAAGUUUUGAUAUGUUGGCUGCUGACGAGCAGAGAUUGUUCUUAGAUGUUGCUUGUUUCCACAGUGGGAUGCAAAGGUCUGCAUUGAUCAAAUACAUGGCAACUAGUUAUCCCUUAGUGCAUGAUAAAGUGAAUGGUUUAGUGUAUAAGUCGCUAUUGUGUGUUUCCAACAAGGAAGGAGAGAUGAUUGAGGUGCAUGAUCUGCUGAAGGAGAUGGCUUGGAGCAUUAUUAACGGGCAACUGAAGCUUGAAAAUCGCAGUCGGUUGGAGGAUCCUGACGAUGUACACAAGUUAUUGGCAAACCAGAGGGGGAAAGCUUGGAAGGUAUUUGGUUUGAACCUUUUCAAAGCUGUAGAGACAUAUUGGGAAGCUAAUGACUCGAAGAGAGAUAGAACAGUGGAAGGUAUAUGCUUGGACCUUUCCAAAGUCAAAGAGAUGGAGUUGAAAGGAAAUGCCUUUAAAGAGAUGAAACGUCUUAGAUUCCUUAAGUUCUGGAGCCCAAAAAGUUCCAGUGCCUUCCCAAUUCACAGGAAAAUCCUUCUACCACAUGGUGGCCUCAACUCACUUCCUGAUGGGUUAACGUGCUUGCACUGGGAUGGAUACCCUUCUACAUCUCUGCCAUCAACAUUUUCUCCAGAAAACCUUGUCAGAAUUGUUAUUCGCCAUAGUCCAAUUGAAAAGUGCUGGGCGGGAGUUCAGCCAAACCUUGUGAAUCUGCUGCUGCUUGACCUCUCCUGCUGCAUAAAUCUAACUGCGAUCCCCGACUUAUCAAGGUCUUCGAAUCUCGAGGAACUCCUGCUCAAGGGAUGUAAAAGCCUAGUUGAAAUACCUUCUGAUGUUCAACAUCUUGACAAGUUAACAACGUUGGACAUCAGAGACUGCAUUAAUCUGGAGAGUCUCCCAGCAAAAUUUGACUCGAGCUUCCUCAAGCUUGUUGAGUUGUCCAAUUGUCCAAAGAUCUCCCAUUGUCCGGAGAUGAACUCAACAGAGUUGGACCUUCUGGAUUUAGACGGGACCCCCAUCAGAGAGCUACCAAGUGCAAUCCACAAGCUCAAACGAGGUGCCACCUUGCAUCUGUGUGGCAAAAACAUCUCUUCCUUCCCCAACAUUUCAGCAAGCCUCGACAAGCUUCAUCUAUGCUGUACCGUGAUAGUAAAUAUCGAUUUCAAUGACGAUCGAGCUUCUUCUGAAUUGUUGCCAAGGUUUCGUCGGCUCGUGUUGGUUCGCAACUCUCAACUCAAAAAUCUACCAAGUUGUAUCUGGAAAAUGGUCUCCACUGAACUCAUCGUUCAGGGGAGCCCGUUGAUCGAAAGUUUACCAGAAAUCUCGGACCCCGUGGAGGGAUUUACUCGGCUAGUCAUAGUCGGAGGCACGAGUAUAAAGAGUGUUCCAUCUAGCAUCAGCAAAUUGAAAUCUUUAGUAAGUCUCAGUUUUAGUGGCACAGCUAUUAAGUUUCUGCCUUCCUGUAUCCAGGAACUGCAACAUCUCACAUUCUUAGAUUUCUCUUACUGCAAAGGCCUCCAGUCUGUUCCGAGUGACAUUCAUAAGCUUUCCAGCUUAGCUGCAUUGUUUCUGAGGGGGUGUUGGAGUAUUCGGUCUUUACCACAACUCCCUCUGAAGCUGGGGUUUCUAGAUGUAGGUGAUUGCACAUCGUUAGAAUCUCUGCCGAGCAACAUUUUGGAGCUAAUGAGUUGGUGUGGAUUGAUCGCUGAUGGUUGCCGGAAAUUGGAUCGGAAUUUCCUUGAUCGAGUCAUCGCGCAUUUGCCUGAGCUUGCUGCAAGGUCUCCACGUUCUGAGGCUAUAAUUAUAUAUUCGAGGAGUGAGCUUCCGGAAUCAUUUUGCUACAAUCACGUGUAUGGCAAGGAAGAAUGUUGCGUGACGAUGAAUCUACCUGCUGCAAACUUCAGUAAAGGACUAGUUAAGGGGAUUGCUUUUGGCAUUGUAUGUUCUUACUCCGGUGGGGGGUUCGUGGAUGCCCAUGCGACAUUGGAUUGCAGCAUCGUAUCUGAAACUACCCGUGGGUGGAUUGACGGAGGCACUAGCCAACGCACCACAAUCAGUUCUUGGAGGUUUCCCCUCGAAAUUCUGUUCGAAUGCAGCACGUUAGACCUUGUUUAUCUGAGGGCUGACAACAGGUUGCGAGGGACCAAAGAUGCAGAACAAGAAGUAGAUGAUGAAGAAGAAGCUUGGUAUGUGAAAUAUGCUGGGCGGGAAGUUUCGUUCAGACUCUAUACUCGAGCUGCUGGAGAUGAAACUUCCGUCGAGAAAUUUGAGAACAACUUUCGAAUCAGACGAUUCGGCAUCUAUUUAGUGUACUCCUGAUAACUUGCUGCGUAAGUUACUGCAUUUAUUCUGUGAACAUUUUUGCAUUCUUCUCUGCAUUUGAAUCAGAAUGUUGAAUUUACAUGAAUGCACUUUGUAUAGGUCCGAACAUUAGUCGUUUAGGUUAUUUAAGAAUUGAUGUCAUGUCACAAGUCAGUUUCUCUCAACAACUUAUUUGUCCAAAAAAGCUCGAAGAAAUGAAGUAGUUUCUAGAAUAAGAAAAGAAUUUUUAGACAUUCAUUUGAAACAAAAGUUGAAUCGAGAAAUUGCAUUCACGUGGGGUCGUUUGGUUUUGGUGAUACUUAAAUCAAUGCAUUGUGGUCAAUGUAUGUAUUGUAAUAUAUAUGUAAUUAAGGAAAAUGGUGUAAUAUACUUUACAUUGUUUG